UUACACACACACACACGCACACACAUAUAAAUAGUUGAAAGUGAAAGCUGCGUCUCUAACAUGCUGUAGCCGGUACAACAACAACAACAACAAUCAACAUACAAAACAAAGCUUGAAGACAAGUUAUGCUAAUUGCGAUUAUUAGCGGCGGACUAUUGACAAAUGUUGGCCAAAUGCUGUGCACCUGACACAGUCAACAGCUAAAAAUAAUUAAUAUAUAUAAAAAAAAAUAUAAACAAUGCGUCUGCAACAGCGUUUUACCAGCAACAACAGCAAUCGAGGCGGCAGCAACAACAACAGCAGCAGCAGCAGCGGCGCUACAAUUGACAGCAACAUGAAUAUCAGCAACAGCAACAAUAACAACAACAACGUUGGCCGCAACAACAGUCAGCGCGCCAAAAUUCUUAAUCUCAUCAACAACAAUCGCAAUCAUAACAAUAACAACAAUAACAACAGCAGUGGCAGCAGCAAUAAUAAUAUUAUCAGCAAUGGUUGCUUAAAACUACGCAAAAAUAAAACAACAAGCAACAACAACAACAACAGCAGCAGCAGCAACAACAACAAAUGUCUGCCAAUGCAAUUGGAUAACGUUGAUGAUAUUGAAGUUGAAACUGUUGAAGAGACGACAACAGCUGUUGAGCUGCGUUCGAGCACAACAGCAACUGUUGCGGCUGCUGCUGCUGGCGGCAGCAAUUAUCGCGCCUACACCACGCUACGCAGCAAUUCCACCUCGGCCAUCCUGGGCCAGGGCGUGGCAUUGCCUCCCAGCAUGCUCUAUCCACGUCCACGCACGCUCAAUGUCCACAACAUUUGCCAGACGCCGUCGCAGAUAACGCAAUCGUUCUUUGGAGAGGUGCUCAAUGCCUGGAGAGCCAAAGCACGCUGCAAUGUGGUGCCGGAUGAGCGUACACAGGAGCUCUUCCAUGAGCUAAGCUUUCAUCCAAGCCAAAAGCAAAUUAGUGAAAUGCUGCAAACGGCAAAGAAAGUGGCACGCAAAAAUCGCGGUCAACCGAAUGGUUUAACCUUUGGGCAAUUUUGUGUGCUAGCUGCAGAUCUGAAGCGUUUUCGCGCCUCUCCAAUAUCGAAUGCCUCAACCUACUGUGAUGUUAGAUAUCAGCUCUCAAACAGUUUGCUGCAACAGCAGGACGAGGCGGCGGCGGCGGCGGCGGCUGCUGCUGCCAGCUCAACAACAACAACAACCAGCACAGCAACAACUACAACUACAACACCUGCCUACAAUAAAAAGAUGGAUAACUAUGGCACAGAGCUGCGUAGUACAAAAUCGUUUAGCAGUGUCGAUGAUACGAAAAAGAAAAAGAAUGCCAGCAAUGAGCCCGUCGAAGUAUUUCUAGGCGGCAGCUGUAAUCCCACAACUUGGCGCGCUGAUGUUGCCAUACCAGCGCUCAAGGAGCUGGGCAUUUCAUUCUAUAAUCCUCAAGUAUCCGAUUGGACGCCCGAUCUCAUUGAACUGGAGCAUCGCGCUAAGGAGAAGGCACGUGUAUUAUUCUUUGUUAUGGAUUCGGAAACACGCGCAUCUGCUGGUGCCAUCGAGGCGGCACACAUCGCGGGUCAAAACUGCAAGCAGCUGGUGUUGGUUUUGCAUCCCUAUAAACCACAACAGAAUAUUCUACAUGAGCCCAUUUCACAGCAAGAAUACCUCGAUUUGAAUCGCAAUCAAUUGCUACUUAAGGAGCUGGUCUCCCGUCGCGGUCUGCCAGUGUUGGAUAACAUACCCUCGGGUCUGCAGCGUACCAAGGAAAUUUUAUCCGGCAUACGUGAUCCACCGUCCAAAAUAGCUUCUAUAUUAGACACUGUACGCGGCGCUUUUGAUCGCGUCAAUCCCCAAAGCGAAUUACUUACUGUGGAACAGUGCAAACGUGCUCUCUUACUUUUAGGCUAUGCUCAGAGUUUAGUUAAUUUAGAUAAUCUAAACAAGAUAAUAAUCAAUCAACGCGAAUCAUUAAAGCUGCUGCAAAAAGCAAAUGAUGCCACAGCUGCCAACUUGCAGCACGAGCUCAUCGAUUUUGAUUUAUUCUGCGUCAUCUCGGCGUAUCUGUCGGUGCUGCAACAGGAAAUACACGAAAGCGGCUGCAUAUCGCCCAUUAAAGGCAAUGUGCCACCGCCGCAGGUUUACUUUACAAAUGCGCCUGAUGUGGACAUUUAUUAUACAGCCAGCAAGAAUAUUUCACGCACUUCGAGCAACGCCAGCGUGCCCUCGAAUAGCAGCAGCAGCGGCAUUGGACAUGAGCUGGAGCGCCAGCAGCUGUUCGAGCAGCUCAGUCGCAAUCGGGACAGCGGCACUUCAUCGCCACAGCCUACGCUAGGUAAAAAGCAACAGCCACAGAUUUUGGUGAAUGUCGAAUCGAUUGAAACAACCGAAAUAAUCACCACAAAAACAAUAGAAACUAAGCAGCCGGUCCCACCACCACCACCACAAACACCACCACCGAAGGAGGAGGAAAGCGACUCAAAUGAUUCAGUUUUCAGCAGCAGCAGCAGCAUAGCCAGCGCUGGUGACGCCUUAUGCUGCUCUGGACUGGAUCUACGUGAUGUCUAUUUAGGCGGCAGCUGCGUGCUGCGCACCAAAUGGCGUCAGCAGCUAGCCACGCCCUAUCUGCAAGCCAAGGGCGUUAGUUUUCAUGUGCCCGCCUUGCAUGAGAGCAUACAGCAGUCGCUUAACCAGGAGCCACAGCGUCCAGCGGAGCAGCAGCAGCAACGUUCGUUUGUGCGCACGCGUCGCAAGUGUCGCGGCAAUCAGCUGCAGCUGGAGGAGCAGGAGGAACUGCAUGUGGCUGAGGAGUCGCUGAGCUGGUCACUGCCACCCAUGGCCGUGCGCCAUAGCUUAUACAAUCCAGCGCUGCUUGACUCCAGUCGUGUGCUGCUCUUUGUCAUCACCAAUGAAACGCGUUCGUUGGCGCCCAUGACGCUCGCGGCUCAUUGCAUUGGACUCAUGUACAAUGUUGUGCUGGCAGUGCAAAUGCUGCCCGAAGACUGUGAGCUGGGCGGAGAGAAGCUCACCACAGCUGCCAUUAAGGAUUACAAUCGCGGACGCUCGUAUCUCAUCGAUCUGGCCAAGCGUCAGGGUGUGCCUGUCUUCAAUGAUAUCCAAGCUGCCUUGGAGUGCACUGUGGCCAAAGUGCAGGCGUAUAAUAAUCGCGAACAUUGCUAAAUUCUCGUACCUGUUUACACAAGUUCCAGCACGUGACAAUUUUAAGCUUAAUUUUCUUUAUUUUAGUGCAAUUUAUGUUUCAUAUUUUUCUAACUAUAAACAACAAUUACUUAACGCAAAUGUGUCUUAAUUGUAUUUAAGUCGAAUUAUUACUCUUGUACUAAAACUAUGCUACGCGUCCUCCCACACACACACACACACACACACACACACACUAUUCUAAUAAAUAUACGUAAUAUUUUAUAAACAAACAAAAGUACCCUAAACAAAUGUCGUCGCCCAGAAAGCGCAUUUCAAAUUCAACAAAAGCAUU